GAUCUAUCACAUGAGCGGCUGUUCCUCUGCAGUCCGGCCCGCACUCACUUACAGUGGACACACUUACUUAUCUUACUAAGGAUUUAGCAUCCUGUAACUAGGUAGAUUUAAAAGUAAUCAACAUGCCUUUUUCGGAAUUAUAUUUUAACGUGGAUAAUGGUUAUUUGGAAGGGCUGGUGAGGGGGUUUAAGGCUGGAAUCCUCACACAGGGAGAUUACCUCAACCUGGUUCAGUGUGAAACGCUGGAAGAUCUGAAGCUUCACCUACAGAGCACAGAUUAUGGAAGUUUUCUGGCCAACGAAGCGUCUCCCCUCACCGUAUCGGUCAUCGAUGACAAGCUGAAGGAGAAAAUGGUGGUGGAGUUCCGUCACAUGAGGAACCAGUCUUAUGAGCCUUUGGCCAGCUUCAUGGAUUUUAUCACAUACAGCUACAUGAUUGAUAACGUCAUCCUCCUGAUUACCGGCACGCUGCACCAGAGGGCUAUUUCAGAGCUGGUGCCUAAAUGCCACCCUCUGGGCAGCUUUGAGCAGAUGGAGGCCGUCAACAUUGCACAGACUCCUGCUGAGCUCUACAAUGCCAUUUUGGUUGACACACCGCUGGCUGCUUUCUUUCAGGAUUGCAUCUCAGAGCAGGAUCUUGAUGAGAUGAACAUAGAGAUCAUCCGUAAUACCCUGUACAAGGCUUAUCUUGAGGCCUUUUAUAAGUUCUGCACCAACCUAGGUGGGACCACAGCGGACACCAUGUGCCCUAUUUUGGAAUUUGAGGCGGACCGGAGGGCCUUCAUAAUUACCAUCAACUCAUUUGGGACAGAGCUGUCUAAAGAAGAUCGGGCUAAACUCUUCCCUCACUGUGGAAAGCUUUACCCAGAAGGUCUAGCACAGCUGGCACGGGCUGAUGACUAUGAGCAAGUCAAAGCUGUUGCAGACUACUACCCUGAAUACAAGCUUCUGUUUGAGGGUGCCGGUAGUAACCCAGGAGAUAAAACGCUGGAGGACCGCUUCUUCGAGCACGAGGUGAAGCUAAACAAACUGGCUUUCCUUAACCAGUUCCACUUUAGUGUGUUCUACGCUUAUGUGAAGCUGAAGGAGCAGGAAUGCCGUAACAUUGUGUGGAUCGCAGAGUGCAUCGCUCAGAGGCACCGCGCCAAGAUCGACAACUAUAUCCCCAUUUUCUAAUGUUAGACCCUCUCGUUAACUCUUGUCUAAAAUUUGUUCAUGACACCUUGUUAUUUAUAAGUUCUGUAUAUUUGGAAUAAUGUCUAUAAUCUAAUGAUGUAUGUUUGUCUAGAAAUCGGGCUUACAGGCAACAGCUUUCUCCGGUUCAUAUUUGACAUGUUUACAGCCUGCCUAGGAAAGAAUCGUCCUUGGUGGUGCUUGGUUCAUUUAAAGUGUUGAACACUUUAAAGUGGUACUUAGGGGUCAAAAAUAGCAUUAAUCAAGUUACACCUCAGCAUUGUGUUGUAGCUCCCAUAAAUAAUGUCUGACUAGACAAACGCUGACUUUGACAUCCUGUUUUUUCUCGUACAAGCAGCUUUUUUUUUUGUAAACCCACCUAUAGACAUUAGUCUUACUUUAAUCCAUUACUAUAGAAAUGAACUAAAGGGAUCUUUAGUCCUGAGAUGCGUGUUAGAAAAAAAUCAGUGGAACAUCCCAAUGGAUAAAGUGAAAGUUUAAUUAGAUGUUCUAUAGAUGUUCUAUAGUUAGGGCUGCAUGAUUGAUUUAAACAUUCCAUUAUGUUAACAUGUCUGUACAUCCAUAGCUUAUUGCACCGAAUAAUUUUCUUUUCUGAACGCUUCCAAAUUAAACCUCACUGUGUAGGCAUGUCACUUUUUCUUUGAAAAGAAAAUUCCAUUAGUCAUUUCUCUCGUUCAAACUUAUCCAGUUGCAUUGAGUAUUACAAAAAUGUUGGUGGAAACAACAUAAACCUGAAAUUUCUUGAUAAAAACAUGUACAAGUGGAUUUGUAUCGCUUUUACUUGUGUUAAAAAUGCAUUACACUGUGUUGAAGCUGAUGUGAAUUGUGAUCAUCUCUUUUUGUAAAUUAGUGUCGACUAACUUAUGGUGUAGAUCAAAUUUUAUCCACGAGAGCCAAAUGUGAAAGGUCGGGCCUAUAAAAGAAAGAAUUCUAUGGAAAUAUGACCUCUCGUUCAGGUAUCCCGUGCUGUAAAAACUAUAUUGUUUUUCUGUAAUCUUACUUGUGUUUUGUGUUAAAGAGAAUUAUAUGGAGUAUGUAUCUAAA